GUAUUUGACGAGCCGCUGUGUCCUAUUUGCAUCCUGGUUUAAAUACACGGUGUAACUGUGCUCCGGAGAAGACAGAAAACCGGUCGAAGAAGGUGAACGGGUUUGGGCCUCGGUCUCCGGAGGCUGGCGUGACGUAAACCAAACACACGCACAUACACACAAACGAACGCGAGUGAUAGCGAGCGCUUAUAUACACACACCGGCUGCUGCGCCAGUCAGGCUCCCAAUGUGGGGAAAUGACCGAGAGUGACCUCGAAGGAAAUGCUGUCUUUUAGCUGCUAGCUGCAUUUCCACCCUUUUACGCUUUAUGCAAGAAAUACACGGCACAUUUUAGUCGACCUGUUUCGCUGACGUCGCUGAGCAGAUAGAGAGUAGGUACCGCAGGUCCCACUACUGCUCCACAAGCUAGCGAGCGAGGCUAACGUUAGCUAGCGUGUUAGCCGGGUACCUCGUUGCUGGCUGUAGGGUUUUCUUUUUUGCACAUGCUAAGCUAAGCAAGGCUACGCUAUAGGGUAGCUGCAGCCAUGGAUAAAGCCAAGUCAAUGAUGGACAAGAAAGGGGCGUCGGGACCUUUUCAUGUCAACAACGGACAGAGUCAGAGGGCAUUUCACAGCCACGUCGUGGUCACCGCGAACGGCGGCUGCAGCAAUGCGUUCGGCUCGGGCGGACCCAACAGCACGUACGAGAGCGUGCAUCAUUUGCACCGCGCGGACGAUGCAGAAUGCAACGGCUCCCCGGCUAAGAGGUGCAGGCUACGGAGGAGGACCGAGUCGAUGAGGCGGCACAGACCCCCCUUCCCAUGGUUUGGUAUGGACAUUGGUGGAACCUUGGUCAAGCUGGUCUACUUUGAGCCCGUUGAUAUCACUGCAGAAGAAGAACAGGAGGAGGUGGAGAACCUCAAGUCCAUCCGCCGCUACCUCACCUCCAACGUAGCCUACGGCAAGACAGGAGUCCGCGACGUCCACCUUGAGCUGAGGAACCUGACCAUGUGUGGCCGGACAGGAAACCUACACUUCAUCCGCUUCCCGACACAGGCCAUGCAUCGCUUCAUCCAGAUGGGACGUGAUAAGAAUUUCUCCAGCCUGCACACAACACUCUGCGCCACUGGUGGAGGGGCAUACAAAUUUGAGAAUGACUUCCGCACGAUGGCUGACCUGGAGCUGCUGAAGCUGGACGAGCUGGACUGCCUGAUCCGUGGCCUGCUAUUUGUCGACCGGGUCGGCUUCAAUGGUCACCCUGAGUGCUACUACUUCCAAAACCCGUCGGAUACCCAGAGCUGCGUGAAGAGGCCCUGCAGCCUGGACAACCCUUUCCCCAUGCUGCUGGUCAACAUCGGCUCCGGGGUCUCCAUAUUGGCUGUGUACUCACAGGACAACUACAAAAGGGUGACUGGGACCAGUCUUGGUGGUGGCACGUUCCUGGGCCUGUGUUGCCUGCUGACCGGCUGUGAGACGUUCGAGGAGGCCUUGGAAAUGGCCAGUAAGGGUGACUCCACGAACGUAGACAAACUGGUGAAGGACAUCUAUGGUGGAGACUACGAGCGCUUCGGCCUGCAGGGCUCCGCCGUCGCAUCCAGUUUUGGUCACAUGAUGAGCAAAGAGAAGCGAGACAGCAUCAGUAAGGAGGACCUGGCCAGAGCCACGCUGGUCACCAUCACUAACAACAUAGGAUCCAUUGCACGCAUGUGUGCCGUCAACGAGAAAAUCGAACGUGUGGUGUUUGUCGGGAACUUCCUUCGUAUCAACACAGUGUCCACCAAACUGCUAGCUUACGCCAUGGACUUCUGGUCCAAAGGACAACUCAGAGCCCUCUUCCUGGAGCAUGAGGGUUAUUUUGGAGCCGUUGGAGCGCUGAUGGAGCUGCUCAAGACGACAGAGGAGCAAUGAAGGAAAUUUUGUGCUGUGACAUCACAAGCCCUUGAAAAGGCGAUGUCAUCCAACCCUAAACGCUGUGACGUCUUGAACCCGUGAUGCUACGACGUCAUCAGCCUUCAAAGCUGCUGAACGGCCCCUUUCACAGAGGCCGCUAAAGGAAAACUAGGGUGUGAGGACAUAAAAAAAAGAAACUGAGAAAAGCCAUUUUAAUAAUUUAACACAUGUAAAUAAUAAUAUGCUCUAAUAUAAGUCUCCUGAAUUUCCCCUCCAGAGUCUCCAAACAAUAGAGGUUUUAAUAUUGUAAUAAUUAAUUUAUGGUGUCCUGUAAUCAGUCCUGUGUCAGAGGGCGCAUGGACUCAGAGCGUUUUACCUUUCUUGAUACUGUGUGUGUUUGUGUAAAUAGCUACUGUAGCAUUAAGUCCUUUAGGCUGUGGAGCUCCGGGUGACUUUUUGUGCAACAAAGCAUAUGACAGCAUAUCACAUAUCUUCCAGUCAAUAGGUAUUUGCUAUAGAACGAUGAUGACUGCGUAUUUACACCACAAGCAACUCAAGACAGAAGUCAGACAAACAUCAGCCAAUGCUGACCACGGUGGCCUCAUUUCCUCAUUUGUCAGUGUGCAAAUAGGUGGCCAUAGCUGAAGGUUUGGGUAAUGUUGCUCCAGAUGGCACCACAGGCGAUGAUCACCUAGUUCAAACCAGCAGCCGGCAGUACCUCAGCAAUGUGGUUACUAGUUUGUUGCACAAAAAGUUGCCCCCCAUGCCAUAGUCUUAAAGGAGUGCACUGAAGCCAAAUCCUGUAAAGAUUCCUAUGAUACCUGCCUCCUUCAGCUCAGAUACGAAGGAGAAACACUUUUUGUUUCCUUCUUUCUGUUGCUUCACUGUACAUGGCCUUUGCUUUUUGUUUGUCUCCCCUCUGUUUGCCUACAUAAACAACAAUAAUAACACUGUAUUGCCAUCCACGCAGACAUAACCUGCUAGAAAUCAUAUUUGAUUAUGGGACCAAGACAUUGUCUUCCAACAGAUAGCAGUACAACUGUGUCCGCAUUGUUGAUUUCUCUCAACUGGCAUUUCUGUAUCUGUGGUUUGGGACCCAGUCUGCCUCACAGGCCUGUUUUUAUGUGAUGUGUGAAACAUGACAGGAUACUUUAUGAUUCCCCCUAGGGGAAAUCUCUUUUCUCUUACCCCCUCCUUCAGGGAGGUCAGAGGUCAGGCUACAGAUUAGCAGCCAGGAGCUCAAAGGGAACAGUGUCUUGCUCGUGGACACUUCAUCAAUGUGGAUUCUUGAUCCUCCAGUUCAAGAACGGUCUCUUGGCACACUGUGCCACUCUGCUGCUGUUGCUGCUUGCCCCAGCAUGGUUUAUUUUGGGCAGAAAAAACGUUGGUCAGUCCUGCUGUAGAUGCAGACACAGCACAGUGAUACCAUCUUUUAAGACAGUGAGGACCAAAAGUUUUUUGCCAACAGAAAACCCUAAAAGAUAGUGAUGUGAAAUGGCUAGCAGCAGGAUCAGUUAAACUAGACUCAGUCUUCUGUAGGGCUUACACUGCAGAUAUUUUUCACAUCAGGAUGUAACUUGUUCUGAUGGUCAUUCUGACGAGGUGAAUUUUCAUUUAAACAAUGGGAAUGUCUGAUAUUCUGCACAGGACAUGAUCAACAUGCCUGCUUAACCAGCCUCGAAUCACCAUCAGUUUGUUCGUUUUUAUCCUGGAAGGCCUCUCAGACAAUUUUAAAUGCUUUGUGCUAGAUAGCAACCAACCUCAAACCAUGGGUGCAACAUUAGCUCCAGACUGCAUUGUAAGAGCAAAUUGUAAAAUUUUUUACACUUCAGUUGUUUAAGGAAACAGGACAGGUGAUCAUACUCACUAGCACACAUGGAAAUCCUCAGCGAAACUGGGCCUUGGUGGUUUAUUUUAGCCAUUUGGGAUUUUAUAAUAGGACCACAAAAGGUGGAAUUUCUCACAGAGUGUGUGCCAUAACUUUGGUUCUGGUUUUCUGUGAUGACAUUGUUCUCGCCUGAUGUUUCCCCCCCUCACUGCCUGGAUAUUUAGAGCCUUAUUAUCAUUGUUGGUGUUAGAGCUCUGGCUGGCCUGUCGUCUUGUUAUUUUAUUGUCAAAGCAGCUGAACUGUAAAGCUGGAGUCUCGGCACAUUGCAGAGUGCCCACUGCAGUCUCCUCAUGCCACUGUCUACCUGCCUUUACUCUCUAGCAGAGAAACUGUGCCCUUUCCAUUCUGGAAUUAUUGUUUUUGGAAUCACCUCCACCCUCCAACCUUUUUUAGUCAGUGUAAUUAUUAUUAGUAUUAUUAUUAUUAUUAUUAUUAUUUUGAUACCUCUUAACCAUCUUCAGCUUGAUCAGUACCUCCAUAGAUCAAAGAAACAAGCCUGGCAUCUGACAGACAAAUGCCGGUUCUACACUGGGAAUUUUCUCGACAGGGAUUUUCUUCUGGAAGUUUUUAUAUCUCAGAUAUGUAGCCACUUUAGAGCUACAUGAUGAGGCCUAAAUGCUUACCCACUGGUGUGAUGUUAUGCUGUGUGUCUCAUUGACGUAGAAGAAUAUUUGCAGUGACGUCCUCUUCACCAUCUAACUUGCCUCUGGACUAAACUUUGAACUCAACUAACAGCCUGAUUGCUGCCAUCUGAUCCUGUUUUUUGGGCUAUCAGUGCAAAGCUAUGUAGGGUAAAUAGCUUACAGGCCACCCAGGUAUAAGAAAGUAAAUAUUUAUAACAUUUUGCUGAUCUUCUCAGCCAGAGUAACAUUCAUCAGCUUUACUAUUUGAAGGGUUUUACUCUGAAAAAUAAAUAAAUAAAAAAUAUGAGAACGAUUGAUGGAACAAAAUCACAACAGGUUGCAGUCCUUUUUAAAGGAGAGUACAUAACCUAAAAGUUCUGUACUGCUGUUCUGGAGGGGGAUCAGUUAAGAUCCUUAACCUUUGCUCAGACAACAGUGAGUCAGUAUCCCCCCACCUUUUUCUUUUCUGCUGACAUGAUGUUGUAGAAUAUCCUUUUCUGGUGCUGUCCAUUCUCUUCUGUUUCUUUGCAGGGUUUUAAUACAUAUAAUUUGCCUUCCUUUCUCUCAUGACUGGUUAAUAAUAAUCACAUCAACCUAUCAGGUGCCACGUAGCUUUAAAAUCUCGUGCCAUCCCUCUGUCUCUUCUGAAAACCCCAUCAGUUGCCUUCACUGUACAUUAGCCUAGUUGAGACUAUGUUUGUGCCCUGCAUUUUCCUGUGUGAUAUAAUUUUUCCCCCUGUUGAGCCCACAUUGCGCUUUUGUAAAUUGUUGAUGCCUUUAUCGGUUUUGGUGUUCAGUUCCUUUUUGUGUUUUGAAAGGGUUAUUUUGCUUCGUAACAGUAGAAGAGGCUUGUCCCUGGGUCACACCUGAAAAGGUUUUUAAGGUACUGCUGGAAUUCAUCCAGCAGUAAAAACAUUAUUUUAAACAGUAUGUACCAAGUGUUAGGACCAGAUGAUUUUUGUUUUUUCCAUGAAACAGACCGGGAAGGCAAAUUUCAGGUGAAAAUUAUGAUUCCUUAUUGAUUUGAUUUAAAAAAAACAUUUCAUGUGUGAAGGGCAGAGUAAAUCAAAUUGGAAAAGUUUUUAGGCUUUUAUGACAAUUGGGACAGAUUGCGUAUUGGAGUAUUAACUCUGACUUGAUCCUCAAAUCGAUGGAGAGUAUAUUUAAACAAUGUACUUGUCAGUUAUGUAAAAGAGUGGUAACUGAGUAUUUGUAAUACCUGGUACACACAGUGUAGAUAAUACACAUCACCAGCUUGGAUGUCAGUGCCAUGGGCAUUAACAGCUCACCCAAGACUGUAUCCAAAGACUUCACUUUUGUACCAGUGACCUCCACUAAAACUGAAUAUUUAAGAUUUUUACCCAACUUUGCAUAUUCUUGCAAACCAGAACCAUCUUUAAAGAUAAGAUCUCUCAGAACUCAAGUAUCAUAAGUAAUCAAAACUGGAUUUUGACACAUUUUUGCAUCAUAUUUUAUGCUUUUGAUUUUGUUUGGGAACAUUGUUGAAUUUGCAUUAUUUGAUUGUUCUUGUUCUGUUUUAUGGCCAGUUAUCUCAGUCUCUGUAAUUUGAAUAGUUCCGGUUUUAAUCAAAAAAUACUGAGUGAUUGUAUUUGAUUUCUGUUCAUGUUUUUUUUUUUUUUUUUUUUUUCCCCCGAUUGUGUGCAAAACUGUAAACCCCUUCCCCUGUUGCACUCCAGGCAUGCUGACGCAGCUGAUUCAAAUGCUGUUGUUUGACACUGCACUUGAGAAAGUGGACUGUACUGCAAACAAGGACCUUUUUAAAUACUCAGCAUAUCCAACAGGAGUCUUGCAGGAAACUUUUAUUGCAACCUUUAUCAAGUAUUUUGCCCCAAUUAUUAUUUUAAAUGUUGAAUUUAGUAUUUCAGACAGAUUUACUAUGGGUACAUCAUGGGUUUAUAAUAUUCUAGCGUUUUAGAAGGACAUUGGACUUACUGCUAUGUGCUGUCUGCUGUUCUCUGUACUGCUUUAGCUACAGAGGUGUGGUCACCAAAAUCAGAGUGAAAUACAUUUGCUUCACUCAUGAAACUCAUGAAAAGCAAUAUGUCAUCUUGCAGCACUGUUAACAUCAUUUUAAAGUUUGUCCCAUUGCGGUCCUUUUUAAGAUCUAUGUCAAAGAUGUGUGUAGUGACCAACAAUUUGGCUACAAAACAGCAGUCGAGUCAUUUAAGUAAAUUAGCUAAUGAUUUGCUGUAAUGUGGAUGUUUGCCUGUUUUGAUAAGUUGUGAUUGCUCAUUUUUAGGGUGUAGAGUUUGCCUUGUAACCGUGUUUGGGGUUAUUUUCUCACUGGGACCACCCAUACUAAAGAGUUUUUACAGUACUGUAGGGCACUUUGGAAAAAGGCGUCCACCAAAUGGUAAAUGAUGCGUCACUCAUAGUGAACUCCAAUGAAGAGGCUAUGCAGUAACUUCUCCAUUAUCUGUUUGUUAACGUUUCAGCGCCUGCACCAACAAACCCUUACUAUUCUCCAAAGCUACAAAGGACAGGCGGAGUUGAUUUUCAAUUUUUGUAAAUGUUUUAAAAAGAAAUAUGCAACGCCGUUUGUCUUUUUUCCCCUGAGAAAUAUGACAAUAUCAAUGGAGAGAGUUUCUCCCCUUGAAGUUUCUGUAUUGCUGAUUUAGUUGUAACACACUACUAAGGGUGGACACUCACAACAGGAUUUUUGUGAUCUCAUUGAGCGCCACAGUGGGGAUUCCAGACACACUUGUAAAUGUCUUAUGAGGGAUCCUGUGCAGCGCAAUCGAUAGAGCAAGGCACCUUCUCUUCCUUGUGUUAGGGGCAAGCCAUGCUAACCAUUUCACACUAAUACUGCAAGGCUGGGAUCACAUCAGAUGUACCUAUCUGGCCUACCGCUCACUGAGAUAAAUAUGGCUAUCAUCUGUCAAAUGUCGAUCGUGUUGCCUUUUACAAAGUACUUGAGGCUACAGUUUUUACCCCUUGAAAAGGAUGGGAAUACCUGAUUGCUGCUAAACUUGGUCAUUAAUCGUGUAGCGUGAACGUAUCCAACCCUUAAGAAAACUGUCUUCUGGAAAGCUUGACUCGUGGACAGACCUUUUUCAUUCAUGUGUAUUUGAUUGUACAGAGAUUUUGUAAAUAAUAAUGAUAUAUUCUACACCAGCAAUCUGUCUGUUGAUAAAGUUGUUCAACCAUUCAGGGCCAGGUUUCCCAAAGACCACUUGGCACUAAGAUUACAUUUAAUGAUCCUAAAGCAGACAGAACAUGGAUCUAGAGAUGAAGCGAGCCACAUUUCUGCACAGGUUUAUCACCACUGUGUGAAAUAGUUAUUCACAACUUUCUGUUUUUUUCUCUUGGGUCUGCCUUGGGGGUUCCAGUGCCAGUUGAUCACCUCGGCCACACUAUAAACUUUUGGAUCAGAUUUGAUCUCGGUGUGAGGGCUGUUUUGGGAAGCCCAGCACUGAUUGUUUCCGUCAGUGCUGCUAAUGCUUUUAACUCCAGUUUGGAAAAGAAUGGGUUAAAAAAAAAAAAAUGAAAAAAGGCUCUCUGCCUAGUGCAAUGUGUACGUACUGAAGUGAGGAGAUUUUUGUUUUUCUUUUUUUGUAAAAAUUAAAAUGCUAAAACUGAACAAAA